AUGCGAGCAAUGACUAUUUUUGAUAUCCUUAUGUUAUAUGGAUGGAAUAUUGAUCAUUAUGUAUCUUCCAUACAUGGAUUUACUUUUUCAAAACGAGCAAUACCUCUUUGUAAAUUUUUCUCGUUUCUUAACUAUUUUGCUCCUCAAUCAUCAGCUUGGCUUCGUGUUUUCAUAUCUUUGGAUCGAUAUUUAUCAUUAAGUCGUCUUCAUCGAACAUGGUUUGGUAAAUCGAAGAAUAUUCUCAUUAUAAUUGCAUGCAUUAUGAUCAUUCUUCUUCUGCUCAACUUUCAUAUUUUUAUUGUUGUUUGCUAUUAUAAACCGAACGGUACAAUUAGUAUUGGAUCUUGGGCAUAUGUUUUCUAUCCAACAUGGGAUUACGUCAAUUUAGCAGUAUAUAAUUGUGCACCAUUUAUAUUAAUGGUUACAUUUAACACUGGUGUGAUUUAUCAUUUAAUUCGUCUUCGUAAAACAAGUACUAUUCAAAAUUCACGCAUUCAACAUCGAUCUAUUUCAAUUACAUUAGUCAUUACAACAUCUCUCUUCUUAAUUAUGACUAUACCAGCUACUGUAGGUUAUGCAUUCUUUUCUACAGCAAGUUCUACUAUUUUGCAUUUAUUAGAUGCAUUUCUUUAUAUUUAUCAUGUAUUAUCAUUUCCAUUGUAUAUGAUUACAUUUGAUGAAUUUCGACGAGAUUUUUUCGCCAUGAUUACAUGUAAAACAAAUAAUCAACGAGGUGCAACUCAAAUACAAACUGUUACUGUACCGAAUACAUUAAAUACAAAACCAUAA